CAGGGUCAGAGAGGCUGCGCCUUUUCGGACAGAGCAAGGUACAGGAUUUAUUAAUUUUCAGGUCAACAUGGAAGAGGCGGCCAAUAUUGCGGCAGAAUAUAUCGCCAGUCUUGAUAACCUGGCACAAGAAGUGAAGUUCCUUCUUGACGAAAUCAGGUACAAGGAUUUACGCCAACAAGAACUGCAGGAGACGAUCAACAAAGAGUCAAGCAGAUAUCUACGCCACUCACUCCGCUCCGCCAACCCCAGCUCAGCGCCCACGCCGAACUCUAGCGGCGUCGGUUCCUCAUCAGGACCCUUCACAGCUAAAGAUGAACAAAUACCCGACAGAGUACAGCACGAUUAUGACGAGCUCGAGAAACUUGCGAACGAGAAGAUCAAGCUGACUGAGAAGUUGAACUCAUUGAUGGCGAGGACGAGAGCUCGCUUGGACCAUGAUCUGAAGAAGGUCUUAAUUCUUCAGGGCGACUUGGACCCAAAUCAUCCACCUCCUACGCUGAGCGCAGCCCCGACUCUUGCUGCUGGACUGAAUUCUGUGGCUGGAUUAGGCGGUGGUCAUAGUGGCAUCGGGGUGGGUGCAGUUUCGUCGGGUGCUGGCGGUGGUAGCUCUGGAGUCGGAGGAGUAGGAUUGGGAGUCGGAGCCGGGGCAGGCGGGUAUGCAGGAGCUGGACAUGGAAGUAUGAGAAAUCCAGUGCAGAUGAUGAACGAGAGCUUGCGGAAUGCAAUGGCUGGAGCCGAAGUGCUGGCCGUCCCAGUACAGCAACAACAUCAACAGCAGGUCGCUUCCGCAAUACCGGGCGCCACCGCGACCAAUAAACGCGUCAGAAAAACCGCAUCGACAGUCAUGAUCCCUUCGAUCAAACUCCCCAGCCCAGCACCUGCGACUCUCAACGUACCCCAGCGACACGUACCAUCUGUUCCUUCUGCAACAGCGCACCGCCCCUCUCCAGGUCGUCCCUCGCGUCAGCAGCAACAUCAACCACCGAAACUUCCAACUCCUGUACCCAUGGUUGUAGAUGGCGGGGACGAAGAUGCCGAAGGAGAAGACGAUCUAGAGGGUGUCGACGAGGCAGAUGUGGACGACGACAGGAUAUACUGCGUGUGCCACCGCACAUCAUUUGGCGAGAUGGUUGCAUGCGACAAUCCAAACUGUCCAUACGAAUGGUUCCAUCUUCCAUGCGUAAAUCUCAAACCCCCACUGCCCGAGAGCUGGUACUGCAACGAAUGCGUCAACAAAGGGUUCGCGCCAGCGGACGCUACCCCGGUUGGUUCGGGUGCUGGCUUAAAUCCGACUUUGAGUGCAUCAGGUGGGUCGGAGAGGUCAAGGAAGAGGAAGCGCUAGAGAGCC